AUGAGGGCAUCACUUUUUCUCUCCACAGCCGCAGCCCUGCUUGGGGCUUGCGGAGUGUCAGCAAGAUCCGUGUUUGCACACUUUAUGGUUGGGAAUGCCGCCAACUACACUUCAGACGACUGGAAAACAGAUAUCCACUUGGCCCAACAGGCUCAAAUUGAUGCCUUUGCUCUCAACAUUGCCUACAAGGAAGCCAAUAUCGAAUCCUCCCUGCCCACGGCCUUUUCGGCGGCCGCUGGCAUGGGAUUCAAGCUGUUCUUCUCCUUUGAUUAUGCUGGCAACGGCGCAUGGCCCAAGGAUGAGGUCGAUUUCAUGCUUGAAAAGUAUACGGCUCUUUCAGCAUAUUUCAAGUACAACGGCAAGUACCUUGUCUCGACCUUCGAGGGUCCAGACAGCGCCGAUGACUGGAUCGACCUCAAGAAUGAUCGCAACGUCUUUUUCAUCCCGGAUUGGUCGUCAUUGGGGGCCAAGGCGGCCUUGACCAGAGGCGGUGGCGUUGCCGACGGCUUGUUCAGCUGGGCAGCCUGGCCCUGGGGACCUCAAGACAUGGACACUUACACCGACGCGUCAUAUUUGCAGUACCUGAACGGCAAGCCUUACAUGAUGCCUAUAUCACCUUGGUUCUUCACCAAUCUUCCCGGCUACAACAAGAACUGGCUUUGGAGAGGCGACAGUCUCUGGUACGACCGCUGGGUGCAAGCAUCAUAUAACAAGACAAACGCGGAUUUGAUUGACAAUACCCAGUUUGUUGAAAUCAUCUCAUGGAAUGACUACGGCGAGUCAGAUUACAUUGGUCCUCUUUACGACAAAGCCAUGGAGGCAUUCACCAUUGGCAAAGGCCCUAGCAACUUCGCCAAAGAUAUGCCGCACGACGGAUGGCGCCUCUUUCUGCCGUAUGUGAUUGGCCUGUUCAAGACGGGUACGGCUACGAUAACACAGGAAGGCCUCACGGCUUGGUAUCGAUUGUCGCCGGGUGCAGCUUGCGCAUCGACCGGUACCACCGGCAACACAGCUAGCCAGCUCCAGAUUGAAUUUCCCCCAAACGAGGUGGUGCAGAACAAGAUUUUUUUCUCGGCUCUUCUCACAUCCGAGGCUACUAUCAGCGUCACUGUUGGAGGUGUCCAACAAGCAGGAGCAUCUUAUAUUCCCUUCAGUGGCACCGGCGCCGUCGUUGUUACACUGAGCCGCAACGGAGCCACAAUCGCCCAAGUCGACGGCAAGGCCAUCGAGUCAGGAUGUACCAGCAGUCUAUACAACGCCUGGGUCGGUUCCGCUACCGUGUCUGGCAGUGUAUACGCUAGCCCAUCUCUGUCCAUCUCCAAACAGGCGUGUGUCAACGGCACAGGAGUGAACAACUUUGCCGGUCUCUGCGGCUUCGCCUGCGAGUAUGGUUACUGUCCUGCUACUGCCUGUACAUGCCGACAGAUGGGCAAGGCGAUUGAAGAGCCACCCACAACGGGUGUAAUUGGAUAUCCAAUCUUUGGCGAAUCCGCGAAUUACUCGGGCCUCUGCGCGUAUAACUGCAACCACGGAUAUUGCCCUUCGGGUGCAUAUGGCACCACCGAGGUUCCGCUUACAAUCCCGGACGUAUCCGACUUUUCUCCUCCAGCUUGCCGAGCUGGGACAGGAACGGGGGCUCUUACCGCUUCAGCUGCACGUAUGGGCGCCUUGAUUGACGCACCGGCCAAGGUUGCUAUAACAGGGAAGCCUAUUGCUGGGCUUGAAGACUACGGCCUGUGCGAUUUUGUCUGCAGCCAUGGCUACUGCCCAGAUGUCUGCGUCGGCACCGGCUCCGGCAGUUCUGGCAAUGUCUACUAUCCUCCAAGCAUCUGGGAAGACUCUCAGCCCCAUAUUCCGUGUCUUCCUCCCUGCAAGGUCAUCCUUCCGCCUUACCCCAUCGGCUCGACGACCACAAUCACGUUUUCCCCGCUGGUCACAUCAGUCUGGACCGUCUCGGCUGGUCACACGGACACCAAGACAACGACAAUCACUCUAGCACCGUUGGUAACGGACGCAAUUCCUUUCUGGCCCAUUACUGUCGGCCCUUCUGUCACCACACCAGUUACCGUGUUCCCACUUCAGAGCUUCAUGCCACCUUCGGCAGUCAUCACGCUGAACGGAAACGAGGCGACAUUCUCACCUGUGCCCUCGGGCAGCGCAACGCCUGCGCCCUCCUUCCCUGGGACCGAGCGCCCGGUCACAAUCCAACCUCAGGCCACCAGUUCUGUCACGAUAAAGAACAGUGUUCCCUCGGUAACCUGGUCCAGCGCAAAGAGCACCGCAACAUGCACCUCGGGCUGCGGCACCGACAGCUGCAAGGUUUUCGGCGGUUGUUCGUCUACCGAUCCGGCCGAUGAUUGCGGAACCCAAGGAUGCGGUGGUGGCUGCAGCAUUCAAGGCUGCGAUCAAACGUGCGGCAUCGUUUGCUCGACUGACCAGUACCACGUGCCAUCUGACGGGACUGACGGGACCGACGGGACCGACGAUAGUAGCGACCCGAGGAUGCUACCCUUCGAUUAUGACGGUCCUGACGGCCCUAACUCUGGCAGUUGGAACCCGUCCCCAAUAGAUAAAAGCUUUGCGUCAUCGGCGACGAGUGCCAUAGAAAGACACAUUGCUACAGCAGCGGCUAUGGUGUCUUCUAUGAUCGACAACUGGGAUGAUAAGGCGUUGAUGACCCGCGUCCAGGCCACUGCAACUUCAGCCAGACAAGCACUCUCGACGAUUCAAAGCAAGCUAGAGAGUCAACUCGAAGACGUCGCCGACAGUUCCAACACUGACAACUCCGGCACCAUUUACUGGCUCGCUCACUGGUUCAAGUUAGCAGACGAAAGUUUAGACUUGGCCGCCUACUGGGCCAUCAACAUGGGAGGACCUGCGGACGUUUCAGGGCCCGGAGUAGGUGCUGCCAAAGAGGCAGAAAGGAACGUUGAAUCCUUUAAGAGCGUAUCGGAAAUAAUCGACGAAAAGAUAUCCCUUGAAGCUAACGAUGACAUCUGCGACACUGAACAUCUGUGCAACGAUUGCAUCCUCGAGGGUUUCUCCAUCACAGGUACAAGUAAAGGUACGACGCCGCCGUCGAGCUGCCCACCGACCCAAAGCAGUGAUCCCGGUGAGGCGACUAACGCCGACGAGAUUCCAACUUCUGUCGAUUGCGCAUCCAACACGGGAAUAAACAAUUGGUCGAGAGAGGAGAUCCUCAAGACGCUAAAGCAGGGAGUCAAUUACAAGCGGUCAGACGCAAUAGGUGACUUGAAAAAAGGUGAGCCCAAUUGGCAGUACUCCACCAAGGGCAUGUACCCCCACGUGUACAGCAAUAGCGACCAGCUUUCCUUCACCGAGGAGUGUAAGAACGCGGCAGACAACGACUUCGAUCCCAUGGUUGAGUUCCCCAUCAUCAAGGGAGGUGUCCUGCAGGCCGGAAAAAAUGGGAAACAGCCCCCCGGGACGGACCGUGUCGUAUUUAGGUCCACGAAAAAAGACAGUGGGGCCCCCUUGCGUUGGAUUUAUUGCGGUGUUAUGACGCACCAUACCAAGGUAAAAGAGAAACAUAAGAUUGGCGAUAGCGAAAAAGACGUGUUGCCCUUCAGGUUAUGCGCUUAG